GUUCACAUAAAAUGAAGAUGUUAUUUGAAGAAAUCAUUAAACGGCUUUGUUAAUUUCAAUUUGGUCUAAACAAAAAGUAUGUUGACAUUAGUCAUGUUGACAGAAGUUGUGUCAUAAACGCAGGAUUUGAUGACAAUAAAUAUCAAACAUGGUGAAUUCUGUUAGUUGAUGGACAGGUCUUUAAAGAAUCCGCUGUUUAGAAAGUGAUAUGAAUCGGAGAUGGUGCUCCUAAAUAUUUGUUUAUUUUCGUUAAUUUAUGCAAAAUUAGUUUUAGCAGAAUACUACAGUGAUUAUGAAUGUAAUAUACCUUUAUUCACAAGGGCUGUAGUGACUGCAACAUCAUCUAUGAAUGAGAGGGGCCCAAAAAAUGCAGUUUUAUAUGGUGGCAAUGCCUGGAGUGCCCAGGAAAGUGACUUUGAUCAAUACCUCGUCUUUGACUUGGGACAAGUGAUGAACAUAACCAGGAUAUGGACACAAGGAAGACCACAUAGCAACGAAUAUGUUAUGGAAUAUCGAAUCAGUUAUGGAUCCAACGGUUUAGAUUAUGCCGAUUACAAGGAACCAGGGGGAGAUACUAUGAUGUUCCAAGGUAACGUGGAUGGUGAAACGGUUCACAAAAAUGAAUUUGAAGUACCGAUAAUUGCCCAAUGGAUUAGAAUAAACCCCACCAGAUGGAGGGACAGAAUAUCUCUUAGGGUCGAAUUAUUUGGCUGUGAAUAUGAGGCUGAAAACAUGUAUUUCAAUGGUAGUUCGUUAGUAAAAUAUGAUUUAUUCAGGGAACAAGUAUCGGCUCUUAAAGAAAGCAUUAAAUUCCGAUUUAAAACUACCUCACCAAAUGGUGUCCUUUUAUAUAGUAGAGGAACUCAAGGAGAUUACAUAGCCCUACAACUUAGAGAUAAUAGAAUGCUGUUAAAUAUCGAUUUAGGUUCUGGUGUUGUUACAAGCCUCUCAGUUGGCAGUUUAUUGGAUGAUAAUAUUUGGCACGAUGUGGUGAUUUCAAGGAAUAGAAGAGACAUUUUAUUUUCUGUCGAUAGAGUGGUUGUAAACACAAAGAUUAAAGGAGAGUUUCAAAGGUUAAAUCUCAAUAGAGGGUUUUACAUUGGUGGAGUCCCUAAUGUGCAAGAAGGUCUAGUAGUUAUACAAAAUUACACAGGGUGCAUGGAGAACUUACACUUGAAUUCAACAAAUAUCUUCAAAGAAGUUAAAGAAGCCUACAGUUAUGGUGAAAGUUUUAAGUACGAAAAAAUUAAUGUUCUGUACAAUUGUCCAGAGCCACAAAUUGUUCCAGUAACUUUUAAAACACCACACUCUUUUGCGAAAUUGAAAGGUUACGAAGGAAUGUCUUCUAUGAAUUCUUCUUUUGCCUUUAGAACAUAUGAAGAUAAUGGACUUAUGCUCUAUCAUUCUUUCUCUACAAGUGGCUAUGUAGCUAUAUAUUUAGAUGCUGGUAAAUUGAAGGUAGAACUAGUAUCACCGAAUAAUCCCAAGGUGAUAUUCGACAAUUAUGCCGAACAGUUUAAUGAUGGCAGAUGGCAUACUGUGGUUCUCACCAUAUCAACCAAUAAAAUUGUAUUUAGCGUAGAUUAUAGACCAAUGAUUACAACCCGUGUUCUAAGAAUUGUCACAGGAGGAUUGUAUUUUAUAGCUGGUGGAGUUAGUGCUGCGUUAGGAUAUACUAAUUAUAUUUUCCCAGGUUUUGUGGGAUGUAUGAGAAAUAUAAGAAUAGAUGGUAAUAGUAAACUUCCCACCGAUUGGACUCAAGAAGAAUAUUGUUGUGGAGAAGAAGUGGUAUUUGAUUCCUGUCACAUGACGGACAGAUGUAACCCAAAUCCAUGUCAACACGGUGGAAUUUGUAAGCAAAAUUCCAUGGAAUUCUUCUGUAUUUGCAAGGAUACAGGUUACGGGGGAGCAGUCUGCCACAGUUCUAUCAAUUCUCUUUCAUGUGUAGCUUACAAAAACGUACAAUCGGUAGGUCAACGUGCUGAAAUAAAAAUUGAUGUCGAUGGUAGUGGACCGUUAGCUCCUUUUCCAGUUACGUGCGAAUUUUAUGCAGAUGGUCGGGUUGGUACUGUUCUACAUCAUAGUAAUGAAGAAACAACACCUGUUGAUGGAUUUCAGGAACCAGGAAGUUUUAUACAAGACAUUCAUUAUGAGGCAAAUGAUGACCAAAUAGCAGCCUUGAUAAACAGAAGUAUAUCGUGUCGACAACAUAUUCAGUAUGCUUGCAAGGGUGCUCGUUUAAUGAAUUCACCAUCUGAAGAAAACGCUUUCUCGCCUUUCUCUUGGUGGGUAUCCAGACAGAAUCAGAAAAUGGAUUACUGGGGAGGCGGUUUACCAGGUUCUAGAAAAUGCGAAUGUGGUAUUUUAAGUACUUGUUCGGAUGCGACCAAAUGGUGUAAUUGUGACACUGAAAUGAAUUUCGAUGUUUGGCAAGUUGAUGCAGGUGAUUUGACAGAUAAAGAUACACUGCCCGUUAAACAAUUACGGUUCGGAGAUACAGGUAGCGCCUUAGAUGAGAAACAAGGUCGUUACACUUUAGGUCCAUUAAUUUGUGAAGGCGAUGAUCUAUUUAGCAACGUUGUCACAUUCCGAGUAGCUGACGCAACUAUUAACCUACCCACGUUUGACAUGGGCCACAGUGGGGAUAUUUACUUUGAAUUUAGGACUGCUUCCGCAAAUGCUGUACUUUUCCAUUCCACAGGUCCAACGGAUUAUAUAAAACUCAGUAUAGUUGGAGGAAACCAAUUACAAUUCCAAUAUCAAGCUGGAUCUGGCCCAAUAGCUGUUAUAAGAGAAGUUUCUUACAGAUUAAAUGACGACGAAUGGCAUUCGGUGUCAGUAGAACGUAAUAGAAAGGAAGCGAUGCUUGUAAUAGACGGUGCUCUUAAGGCGGAAGUUAGAGAACCGCCGGGACCUGUAAGAGCACUACAUUUGACUUCUGAACUUGUUAUUGGUGCUUCUACUGAUUAUAGAGAUGGAUUCACAGGUUGUAUUCGUGCACUUUUGAUCAACGGUCUCCACAUUGAUCUUGGUCAAUAUGCUAGAAUGGGUCUUUAUGGUAUAGUCGAAGGUUGUAUGGGCAAAUGCUUGAGUAGUCCUUGCUUGAACAACGGUACGUGUCACGAAAAAUAUGAUAGUUAUGUAUGUGAUUGCCGUUGGACUGCAUUUAAAGGACCGAUUUGUGCUGAUGAAAUUGGUGUUAAUAUGAGACAGAGUUCUAUGAUUAAGUACGAUUUUGAAGGAUCAUUCAGAAGCACAAUUGCAGAACAUAUCAGAGUUGGAUUUACUACUACUAAUCCCAAAGGUUUUCUUUUGGGCUUAAAGUCAAAUAUAACCGGCGAAUAUAUGACAAUAAUGGUAUCUAAUUCUGGACAUUUACGAAUAAUCUUUGAUUUUGGUUUUGAACGGCAAGAAGUAAUUUAUCCAGAUAAACAUUUUGGCUUAGGCCAAUAUCACGAUUUAACAGUUUCCAGAAAAAAUGGAGGAGCUACACUGGUUAUGCAAGUUGAUGGAUAUGAACCGAAAGAAUUCCAUUUUAACAUAAAGGCUUCUGCAGAUGCUCAGUUUAACAAUAUCCAAUAUUUAUACAUUGGGAAAAACGAAUCAAUAACAGAAGGAUUCAUCGGUUGUAUUUCUAGGGUGGAGUUUGAUGAUAUUUUCCCGUUAAAAUUAUUAUUCCAACAACAAGGCCCUGGAAAUGUUAGAUCUUUAGGAACUAAUUUAACUGAAGAUUUUUGUGGUGUGGAACCCAUAACUCAUCCGCCUGAUAUCAUACAAACAAGACCACCCCCGAUUUUAGAUGAAGAUAAAUUGAGGAGAGCAUAUAAUCAAGUGGAUUCUGCUGUUUUGGGAAGUGUUUUGGCAUUAAUCUUCAUAGCUCUUGUAAUCCUUCUGAUAGUAAUCGGUAGGUAUUUGCACAGACACAAAGGAGAGUAUUUAACACAAGAGGACGCGGGUGCUGAUACUGCAUUAGAUCCCGAUACUGCGGUAGUACACGGUACCACCGGCCAUCACGUUCAGAAGAAGAAAGAAUGGUUUAUUUAGUACUAUUAGUUGUUCAUCUGAAGUUGUUUUUUUUUAAAUUGAAAAUUGGCCUAAAUAGUACAAGUACUGCUGUAAUAUAAUUAUUGUAUUAAUUUUAAGUGUACAAUCAAGUACUGCGAUUUUACUAAAAAAUUGAAAUACCUUUAUUUUCAAAAUAGUUAAUUGAGACAAUUAGAUAUUUCAAAAUAAAUUUUGUAAUGUUAAAUUCGGUAUUUUAGUAAAAUACUGUACUGGAUAUUAACAAAAAUUUAUUUUUUCACGACGUAGGUUAUCGUCAAUAACAAAGAUAAAUUCUGUCAUAAACUACAUGAAAUGUAAUCAAACACAGCUUGUUAAUUAUUUCAAAAAAAAAGGUAAGAUAUGAAUAACAUUCCACUAAGUUGACGUGAUAACGAGAACUAUUGUUAAAACCAGAUUUUUUAUGCACACAAAGAAAUAAUCGAUUCUAAUGUCAUAUUUGAUAUUAUUGUCCUUCCUAGUAUGUCAUUUCGAAUGAUUUUGUGGAUUGAGUACUCAAAAUAAAACUGCCCAAGAGUUUUUUUUAAUACCAACGUUUUGAUCUUUAUCAAGGUUAAAAAUAUAUUGUACAUUACAACUCAAACGUUGAUGAAGAUAAACAAGUAAACAAAAAAUUGUGAAAUUACAAGUAAAACAAUCAUCAGUUAGUGUAAGAAUAUAAAUAUCUAUACAUAUAUAAAUAUAUUUAAGGAACAUAAACAAAUAAGAACAUUGUUGUUUAAAACAGUGUCUUCUCCGUCCUCCUCUUUCUCUCCUACUUCCUGAUUAUCUUUUUUCAUCUGUUCAUAAUUUUUUCAUCAGAAAGAACCUGAUUACCACGUACAGAGAUCCAAGCAUUCGCCGCCAUGUAGACGGCGUCUUUUAAAUUCAAUUUUUUGUAACUGCUUAGCACAGACUCUUCACCAUUCUCCAUAUCUAGAAGCAGCAUUUGAGGCAAUUAAUUUCAGUAGAAACGUUUAAAUUUUUCUAUCACACUCUGGUCCAUUGGUUGUAGGACUGACGUCUCCUUUGGCGGAAGAAACAACACAUUGAACUUGAACCUAACCAUCUGAGCUCAAAACAACAUCUGAUAGGUGAGUUGGUGCAUUAUCUAUGAGUAACAGCACUUUACCGGUUAAAUCUGUUUUUUUGGUGUUUUUCACAUGUGGGAUAAAAACGUUCGCAAACCAGUCACCAAAAAUCUCUGUUCCCACCCAGGAAUUUUCUUGAUUUUGUAUACAACGGGCUUGCUUAUGCCAUCUAGGCUGCUUUGCUUUCCCAAUAAUAAACAGUGGGAGUCUGUGAUCGCCAGUAGAGUAAGCGUAAACCAUAGCUGUAAUGCGGUCUUUGUACCCAGGCGUUGCAGUUUCCUUUUGGAAACAAGGGACUUGGUUGGCAGCUUUUUCUAGUUGAGACCUGUUGCGCUCGCAUUGUAAAUUUUCUGUGGUUCAAAACCAACAGCUUUGCAAAAUUCAUUAAAUGUCUUCUUAAAAUUUUCGUCAGAUACUACACCAGCUAACAGUCUUUCACGUUGUAUGUCUAGCUUCGAGAAUUGUGAUUUUAUUAUUAUCAGUAUAGAAUUCAGAGCUAUUUAGACAUUGGACCAUGUGUGUAAGCCUUUUUAUUGUCUCUAAUUUAUGUCUUCAAGGAUGGUUCGUAAAAAAAAGUCUUGGACAGUUUUAUUUUGAGUCUUCAACUCGCAACACCAUUCAAAAACAAUUUUAAUCCUAAUAUGUGCAUAUAGACCAUAAAAGGGCUCAAAGUGGUGGGUAGGCAUUGCGAAUUUACUGAUAGCAUACUUAUAAUUUUUGCAUAGAACUUUUUAUUUAAAAAUUGAAGUAUUCAAGGAAAUUAAUUUUUCUAUGCUGUAGUAAACAUUUUUUUAUAUACAUAUAUUAUCGCCUCAAGGAAAUUUGUCAAAAAUAAAAAAAAAAAAAAUAUUUUUAAUAAUAUACUCUAAAUUCUGAACCUAUCUUGCAUUUUCAUAUUUUUUAUUUGAAUUAACUUCUCGACAACUGAGAUCAUUGACAUGUACUAGAAUCAUUAAUUUACAAUUUAAAUAAGACACCUAAAAGUUAAUAUUAACAUCAAGUUAUAUCUCAUUAAUAUCUGUCAAAUAAUUGUGUGGCGUGUGACUGGAAUAUUUAAAAUUUCUUUUAAUUUGUAAGUAUAUGCAUGAUUGUGAGUGGUAUUUUGCAGUACUGACAUUUGGAAGUGUCACAAACCCUCAUUAUAUAUCCACACUCAGUCGAGUAGUGCCCAAUAUGAAGCCUGCAAUAACUGUGUCUCAUAGGAAGUAGAUCAUUGAGUUUCAUCUAAUUUAAAGUUGCAAUUUAUCCAUCAGUUGUCAAUGGAAUAUCUUAUACUAAUUGUCAGGUCCUAUCAGUCACAGAAAGAUGGCUGUUGAAAUAUUUUUUGCAGGUGGAUCCCCAUGUUUAUUCUCAGAUAUUCCAGUGUAAGACGGUAUCUAUAUUAACGUAGUUGUAACACCACAGCUUGCAAGACUGUCUGUGAUGUCAUGAAUAUCCUGGAUAUUAGCAUGUACGUGAUAUAUUUGUCUCGAGUUUACUGAUGAAAGAUCUUUAUCAUUCUAUAUUAAGCUUUUGACAAAGCGCCAUCUACUUGAAAACAAAAUGAUAUAUUUUUAUCUCAGUGAAAUAUGAAAUUCGCUCAGAUUCUUUUUGUAAAAUAUUUAGUUUUUGUUUUGACAUGGAAAUUAAAGUAAGAAAGUCAAAGUCAAAAAAAAUUGUGGGCUUAGUUUAAAUAGGACACCCUAAACUUCUAAUCACCUUCGUUCUAUUUCAAUUAGCUCAUAAUUUUGUUUAAAACAUGUUUUUAUACAACUUUUUAAAAUAAAUUACAUGUGGUAAUAAUAUCAAUAGAACUCCAGUGAAACUGAAAAGUGGUAAUUUUAUUUUUCUAAUUUUGAGAUAAAACUAAAAAAAAAGUUUAUAUAUGGACAUCUGUAUUAAGUCGAUAUCUAACACUGAUUUUUUGACAAGUUUCUGUGAAAAGUUUCACUUUUUAUGCAUGCAAUUAUUAUAGAGUGUAUUUUAACUAAAUUUUUUAUUUUUAAUCUAUUCAAGGUAAAUUUUUUAUUUUAUUGUUUUUAGAUUACAUUGUGCUUUUCACAUCAUUCUAGUUAUACAAUGAGAUUAGUUUAUAAUAAAGCCUUAAUCAUUUUAGAUAGCUAGUACUGAGAAAGGCUUGUUGGAUAUCAUUAUAUUAUAGAAUCUCUGUAAACAUGACGCAACUUUGUUCAAUUAUUACUUAAAACGCGAUUGAGAAUUUUUUACUUUUAUAUUUCAUUUUUUGUAGGUUUUUUUACAGAAAACAAAUAUGGUAAUUGCCUUUAUCAUGCAAGGUAUUCUAGCAAAGCAUCCAUCCAUUUUACUUGACAUGAAUAUCCAUUAAUAUCAGUGAUAUUUUUAGAGUAAAUAUAGUUUAUGAAAUAAUAAUUUCAAUCGUUAAACAUUUGAUAAUCAUUCAAAUCAUAGGAUCUGCUGUUGGUACACAGUCAUUUCUAUCUUAAUAAUUAGCCUUUCCACAGAUGUUUAUCCACACUAUCAUCUUUUUUAUCAUAUAAUUCUUUAUAAGAAAUAUAAUAUCUAAGCUAAUCAUAUGAUUAAGUUAAAAGUACAUCAAAAGCUUUAUACUACACAAUAAUAAAAAAAUGUAGUAUUUGUUUGGAAUCCGAUUAAUAUAUAAAGAAAAGGUAAUAAAAUGACAUUCAGUUGUAUCAAAGAAUCUGCUGCUAGUAAAAUUACCAAAUAAGCAUAUACCUAGUGCAAUAACAUUCUUUUAACUAACACCAAUACUACCAACUAAAAAUCUUUAUAAAACUUAAAACCGAAUCUUCUCCAUUAUACACGUAGCGUUAUUGAAAGGCAACUAGUCUGUUGUAAUAAAAAAAAAUAGUUUAGUAAGUGACCCGUUGAUGAAACUGGUCUACACUCGGUGAUAUUACUUAAGUAUGAAUCCAACAAUGGACCGUCAAGUCUAGUGCUAGAUUCAAGAACUCUAUGAUUUUUAUGUGUGCACUAGUCUCGGGAUUGACGAGAUUAUAAGUAUGGUUCACCAUGUAACCUAACCCAAUAAAUACUGUUUUUUAUGAUCUCCACUCGUCUAAUGAUAUAAUAGUUGUCUAAAGACGAAUAUACUCCUUUAUAAUGGACAACUGAGCAGCAGCACUUUCUGCGACGGCAUUUACAUUACAUAUAAAUCCUAAAUGCAACUACAUUUAUUUAAACGCAAAUAGAAUACCUUGUAAACUUACUUUCUAGUAUUAUUUUCCGUCCAUUUUAAGUUUUAUUUAUUUUUUUAUAUAUUUUUUUAUGAAAUUAAUCGUCUAGUUGUAAUUUGUGAAUGUUCAGUUCUUGUAAGAAAAGUGCCUUCGGCAUUUAGUUUGAUGUAACUAAGAAAUAAAGGUUUUGCUACAUUUAUAUUUUGACCUCCAUUUUAGUAUAUGAUAAACAAUUUAGAUAUUCAUGUAUAAUAUAAACUUUUUUACAAAUAAAGUGUUAUUGUAAAGUUGAAAA